AUGACGUCCGCCGCGCAACCCCGCCAUCUCCAGCACGAACAGUCGCUGCCUGUCUUCAACACCCUGUCGUUCCCGGCCGAUCUAGCGCAGGUUCCGGCCAGUACGCGAACCUCGUACACUCGCGUCGACAUGAGCCGGCCCGUCACCUCCGCGGGACCUGCAAUCCCAGCGGAUAGUGACAGCGAGGGCGCCGAUCUCUCUCCUCAACGGCCUCACACGACCGCUGCCGCGAGUACAGGUCGCUUCGUGCGUAAUCAGGAUGAGGAGGCGGACUCUCAUGUAGGCCACGACGAAGAAACCAAGGAGCGGUCUGAGGAGAAUGCGGGGGCGGUGCCACAAACCCCGCAGGCGUCCGUGACUUUCCUGCUCGUGAACGGCAAGAGGAGGACGAUGCAAUUUGAACCGGAGACGACCGUUGGACGUGUGAAGGAGCUUGUAUGGAAUACCUGGCCAAAUGACUGGCAGGAUCAACGCCCGCCUGCUCCGUCGUACUUCCGCAUCCUUCAUCUGGGUAAAGUUCUGCAAGAUGAUGACACACUAUCCCGUCUGAACUUCGCAACCUACAUCCCGUCUGCCGCCACGCCACCAUCGACCAUAGUGCACCUUUCUAUCCGCGCCGUCGCACCGCCGUCGGAUGACGGUUCGAAGAAGAAGGGUAGCUGGAUUCGCGGUACGGACAGCGAGGACGCCGGCGAUCACGGCUGUUCUUGCUGCAUCAUCUGUUGA